CGCCGGAAGCGGGGCGGAACUUUGUUGUGGCGGUGAGGAAGAGGAAGCCCUGAAGGGUCAAAAGGAAUACAAAAGCAAAGGCUAUUUUCUUUCUUUUCUUUUUUUCUUUCUCUCUCUCUCUUUGUUUUUUGUCCUAAAGAGCGAGCGGUCUUAGUGGUGGCUUAGGGGUGGGCGUCGCCGAGGUGAGGGGGUCUCGCCUCCCGCACGCUGGUAGGUGUAAAUGUGGAGACCUACUCGUUCAGAGCAGUGGUUCUUAAUCUAGUAGAAAACAAGAUUUUCUGCGGCCCGUUUAAAUGCAGAUUCUCCGACCCUACCCCCAGAUAGUCUGACUGAGUAGGUCUGGAGUUGGGACAGGGGAAGCCAAGUGCGGGCCUGGUGGUCAGAAUUCCCAAUGACCUCUUGUGUACCAGCUGUGAGGAGGAGCUGUGUCCAAGACCGUUCACCUGGCUAGCAGUCUUCCCUUUCUCCUUCUAAGAAUCUUGAUGUUUGGUUAGAGUGAAGCCGUUGCCUCAGAUAUUGAAAACCACAUAGCUGACCUAUUGCUCCAUUAUGGAUGGAGGGGAUGAUGGUAAUCUUGUUAUCAAAAAGAGGUUUGUGUCGGAGGCAGAACUAGAUGAACGGCGCAAAAGGAGGCAAGAAGAAUGGGAGAAAGUUCGAAAACCUGAAGAUCCAGAAGAAUGUCCAGAGGAGGUUUAUGACCCUCGGUCUCUCUAUGAAAGGCUGCAGGAACAGAAAGACAGGAAGCAGCAGGAGUAUGAGGAGCAGUUCAAAUUCAAAAACAUGGUAAGAGGCUUAGACGAAGAUGAGACUAACUUCCUUGAUGAGGUUUCCCGGCAGCAGGAGCUCCUGGAAAAGCAACGGAGAGAAGAAGAACUGAAAGAACUAAAGGAAUACAGAAGUAAUCUCAACAAAGUUGGAAUUUCUCCGGAAAACAAGAAGGAGGUGGAGAAGAAAGUGGCUGUGAAACCCAUAGAAACCAAGAACAAGUUCUCCCAGGCCAAGCUGUUGGCAGGAGCUGUGAAACAUAAGAGCUCAGAGAGUGGCAACAGUGUGAAAAGACUGAAAUCGGACCCUGACCCAGAUGACAAGAGUCAAGAAGCCCCGUCCUGCAUGUCUCUCGGCAGCACGUCCCUGAGCGCCCCUUCCAUCCACUGCCCCUCCGCUGCGGUCUGCAUCGGCAUCCUCCCGGGCUUGGGCGCCUACUCCGGGAGCAGCGACUCCGAGUCCAGCUCAGACAGCGAAGGCACGAUCAACGCCACCGGCAAGAUCGUCUCCUCCAUCUUCCGAACCAAUACCUUCCUAGAGGCCCCAUAGCUCCUGUGUCCCUCCCAGAGCUCCUGCCCGAGUAGACCGGUCGGUUUGUUCCACCUCCGGGCAUCCCCUCCCUCAGAACUCCUUUGCCGCUUCCUGUGCACACCGUGACAUUUUUAACCUCAUCUAAAAAUGUGCCAGAAUCCACUGUG